AAUUUCAGACAUUCAACUACCUCAACUACCUACAAAUCCAAAGGGAACCUAAACACACAAAACAUCUGCUAACGCCACCAUAUUGCGCACGAAAAUCACCACCCCGCAAAGUUUCACAAAUCGAAGCGCUUCGGCGUUCUGAUACCAAUAUACCACGCGAUUAUCUGUUCAUACAGACCUUUUGCACAUCAUGUCCAAAGGCUCGGAGUAACAUGAGUGUGCAUGUUUACCACUGAGUAGUUGAAUCGAUACAAAAUAAACGCAAGAUACAAUCUGCCUUGUUUCCAGCCAUUUGUAUCCGUCGUCUUAAGCGCCAGCAAUAUGCGAAAUCAUGUUCGGAUCCUUUGAAGAUAAGUAUGGAAAGUGCCAACACAGAUCAUCAAGUGUCCCCCGAGUUCCCUGCUAAUCUUAUUCCGCAAUAACCACAAUAGCAUGCUGUCAUGUGUUAUCUAGAACAUACCUGGAACAUAUCUGUAUGUUGAAUAGGUGGGGGUUCAUUUUCAAUGUGAUGAUCAAAAGGUGUGAGAAAUUAUGAAGCGCGAUCUGUUGAGGCUUGUGAAAAGCACAGGAUCCAUUCCUACUUCACACGCAAAGGCAGAGGUCCAAGAUACCAAGAUAUUAUUAUGCUUCUGAGCUUGAGCCUAAGCUUGAAAUUGGUGCUGGAGUUUUAUUAUCCAAGAUUAAUUAUGGAGGCUCAAGCAAAGAUGGGUAUCGGCAGGAUUUUGAUACGGGUCUACCUGGUCUUGUACCGUCGACCAGGUUGAAUAUUUUUGAGGGAAAACAACCGCAUUCAAAAUGUUUAUUAACCAUCUCGCCUUUAGUGGAGAUUGCUUUUUACUUCUCUAUAGUUCCGGCCUUUCUUAAUUACCUUGCUCGAUUUCAAGUUUGUGACUAUUCCAACCACACUUCUUCAAACAUGAUAAAUUUCGGAACAACACUACUUGAAAUGGAACUGCCUCGAACUUCCUACUUGCCCCAAUCAUCAAAUUCAGUUGUCCACUUUCAAUCAACAUCAUAUACACCAAAGAUGUCGCUAAGCCCUCCUGGAAGUCCAAGUAGUGUAGAGUCUAAUGGUAUCAGACGAUAUCGCAGGACUACGGCUUGUACGACAUGCCGUGAUAGAAGAGUAAAAUGUAGCCGCGACAGGCCAUCCUGUACACAAUGUAAGAAGGGGGGACGACUUUGUAAAUACUUGAACAGCGAAAUACCCGAAUUUGAGUUCAUUGAGGUGAAUGUAUCAAGGAGUCAAGCUAGGAAGUCGACAUCGCCAGUUAUUUCAAAUCCAAUUACCGAAAGGAAAUCCGGUAUCAAGUCAAAAGCAACUGGUCGGUUGGUGGGUAAAGCAUGUCAAAUACCAUCGUCUCGUUUCCCCGCAAAGACCCUGGCGAAUGGUUUAGAUACUCAGUCGCAUCAGCCCACCAAAAAUCUAGCGAUUACCCUUGGUGCACUCGGCGAAGAUUUCAUCUCCCAUUUUCGGACGAAAGUUCCUGCACGAGAAGUUUGUGAUCAUUUCUUGAACAACUUCAUAGGGCUACAGUCUGCAGUGCCCAUAUGCCAUAUUGAUACUCUUCUAGAUGAGUACACCAACUUCUGGGCCAAUCUGUCUCCUGAGACCUCUGUUGAAUCUACUUUACUCAUCUUAGCUGUUCUAUAUUGUGGGGCUGCUAGUUCUACCAUAAACAUUUCACAAUCAACAACAUUACACGAUCUAUACGAACAGCUUUUAAACAUGGUCAAUCUUCAAACAUAUCAUUGCGUACACCGGGGAUCAUCUGCCAUCCAGCUUCUGCAGGCUUACCUUCUUGUAAACACAUUUCAAGCUAGCACAUCAUCCUCACAGUUCCGGUACGGAUUUUUACCCCACGCGAUUAGACUCGCUCAAUCAUUACAACUCCAUUUCGACAAACCAAAUCAAAGUGAUGGUGUCCAAGCUGGAGUUAAAGAGAGAAUUUGGUGGUAUUUGAUGUUCUUGGAUCUUCAGUCGACGAUCACGACCGGCGCACCUUCAUUGAUAACUAGGAAUGGAUCCACAAACAACGUUUCAUUACCCAUCGUGCUAAGCCACACAUCUAGCCAAGAUUCUGUUUCGCCGAUGACGAUCGCCUUUUACGGCCAAUGCCAGUGGGUGCGUUGUAUGCGCGAGUGGGUCAUGAAGAUUCCAACGCAGGGAGAUGCGGUUCGUCUUGUUGAAAGUAUCGAGAAUCUUCUAAAUUUAUUACCGGAAGCAAGAGCAGAGAACUUGGGACCGCGGGCAUACCUGAAGUUAUUGAUAGACAGUGUAUACUGCCUUCUCGGCUUGAACUUCUGUCAAGCAAAACAAUUACAGGAUAUUGGGUGGCGCAAUGAUAUUGUCCGGGCUGCAAGUUCAUUCCUGCAAAACUACCUUGAUUUAUCCGAUAUGACUUCUGUAGCAUCAUUGAAGUGUGUUCUUCCUGGUCUCAUACAACCUCACCACGCUGUCUUUAUCCUCCUCAUGCACCUUAGUUUGUGCACUUCCUUGGAUUCCAAGGCUCAAUCGUUGAAAGUUCUCGUGGACAAAGUCUUCGAUGCCGAACUCUCUAGCCCUAGACUGGGUACCAGUCGUGCCGCUUACAAGUCGCGCGAGUUUACUUACUCUAGCCCUACUUCUCGGAUCUCUCGCAAAUCAUAUGGUUACCCUCGCCAGGAUAUCCUCAUCCUACUCUAUAGAAAAGUUCGAGCCAAACUAGACCGGAAUACACCAAAACUCACAGCCAUAUCUCGCUCUCCUUCUCCUAAUAUCGACGUUUUACCACAACUUGAGGGCUUGGUCUCGCGGGACACGAAGAGCAACAUUGUCUCCAGUGAGAAUUCUGCAAGCGGAUAUGGAGGAGCUAAGCGGAUGGAUCUGGCAAUGGAGAUGAACACAGAGAACUACAGAGUUGAUAGAGAGUUGGAAGAUGUCCUUAGAGGCGGACGCGAUGCGUGGAAUAAAUGGGAAAGACUGAUAGGUGCGGUUUUCAAGUGCUGAAAACUGGACUUUGAAAAUUUUAGAUAUGAAGGAAGAGCUUUUAUGCCAGGCUUAUCAUUUAUGAAAUAUCUUAGCUCAAUAGCAGACACAGCCUCUUCACCAUUGGACAUAAAUGCUUGGUCAUCUCGGAUG